CGAGAAGAAAUCUUACAUCUCAAAGUUCAUCUUGUGAGUAGCGAAUGCAAGGAGAACUCAUGGUAGUGUGAUGUCGAAGCGGAGUUGCUAAGUUGGCGCUUCGGCAAAUUAUUCUGUGCGGACACCGGGAUUGCUGCGCUUUUAUCCAGGGAGAAAAAACUAUGGCAUUGUUUUCUCUCUUCAGGAGAUCGUACUCCAAAACUGGUCCUUACACUGAUAAAUUUCUUACCAAAAAGAAGCCACCAAUCCGCUCCUUGUUAUCCUUUCUUCGUCUAGGAAACCAAAUCGCCCUCGAUUCCUUUGAAAAGGCGAGCAGCGGAGCUAGGGUUUCUCCCUGCUUUCAAGACCCAAAUCGGUUUCCGAGAAGUUCGGAUUUUGCCAUUCAGUCGCGGUCAAGAUUGUUUUCUUCCUCGGCGGGCGCGGUGGUGUCCGAUCCGAAAACUUCCGACGGGUUGACGGUGGCUGCCAUUGUCGUCAAGAGAUGGCCUAUUCUUGAUGAGAGCGAGGGGGAUUGGAAGAGCCAUGCGGCCGCCAUAGCCCAAUCCAUACAGCUCAUCAAGAAGCGAUUGCAGUGGAAAAAGAUGAUGAUCAGGUUAGAGCAGCUGUCUGUGGCAUUAGACAAGCCAGAUCUUUGGGAUGAUCCUACUUAUGCAUCCAGAAUUAGCCGUGAGCAUGGGGGGCUAAUGAGCAAGAUGAGAGAAGUUAAUGGAUUUGAGCAAGAGCUUCUUGAGUUUAUUGAUUUGCUUAAACUAGCACGUGAAGAACAUGAUAAUCAAUUGGAAUUGGAAUAUAUGAGUGAAUUGCUCAAUAUGAGAAGAAAAGCAAAGGAGAAAGAACUCGAGGCUUUAUUAUCUGGGGAGAAUGAUCCCUGCUCUUGCUAUAUCGAGGUUCAAGCUGGAGCCGGCGGUACGGAAAGCAUGGAUUGGGCUUCCAUGGUUCUGAACAUGUACGUUAGUUGGGCUAAACGCCAUGGAUAUGAGGUUAUGGUUGUGGAUGAAAUGCAUGGUGAGAUAGCAGGAAUCAAGCGUGCAACAAUCAAAGUAGAUGGUGAAUUUUCAUUUGGUUAUGCAAAAGCCGAAGUUGGGGUGCAUAGAUUGGUACGGAUCUCCCCAUUUGAUACUGGGAAGCGUCGCCAUACUUCUUUUGCUGCUGUAGCUGUAAUACCAAUCCUAAACGAUGGACCAUCCCGUUUUCAAAUUAAGGAAUCAGAUCUUCGCAUCGAAAGGUUUCGUGCCAGUGGUGCAGGUGGCCAGCAUGUUAAUACGACUGAGAGUGCCGUCAGAAUAGUACACAUUCCUACAGGAAUAUCUGCUACAUGCCAGAAUGAAAGAUCCCAGCACCAAAAUAAAGCAGCAGCAAUGGCGGUUCUUCAGUCUCGGUUAGAUCAACUUGAGAUGGCUCGUCAAGCACAAAUGAAUGCGGAGCACACAGAGUCUCUCACUGAUAUCAGCUGGGGAAACCAGAUAAGAACUUAUGUUCUUCAUCCAUACCGGAUGGUGAAAGAUCUCCGAACAAACUAUGAAGUUUCUGACCCUGAUUCUGUUUUAGAAGGAGAUAUUGAUGGAUUUAUUUUGAGUUUUCUUUCUUCUUCUCUUGACAAGGAGGAUGCCAGCUUGUAACCAGGCCAAAUAAAAUACAGUGCAAUUCAUUUUUAGUUAAUUGUUUAGUUGAAUGUACUAUAAGUUGAGCGAAAUAAAUUUUGUUAUUUGAUUGGAUGUAAAACUGGAAUCUCAUACUGUGUUGAAUUAUAAUGGAGAGCUUAAGUACAACUUCAUUCUAUUCCUUUCC